CCAGUAUUCUGGCCUAGAGAAUUCCAUGGACUGUAUAGUCCAUGGGGUUGCAAAGACUCGGACACGACUGAGCGACUUUCACUUUCCAGGUCAUAUGGAUUAGAAAAGAAAAUGCUUCAGAUAUAAUUUUGUGGUCCUACUGGUUUUUCAGCAGUGUGCUGUGAUUUAAUGUUUGGUGCUUCUGCUUUAGCACUAAACAAGACUUGACCUGGCAGACUAAUAUUUGAACACAACAGCCACUGACACUUGAAGGACAAAAGAAACAGAAAGGGCUCGCGGCCCCGACUCCACAUCUGGGAGUGGAGAGAAAAGCGGAAGUGGCAUUGUCUGGCUGGAGCCCUUGGGUCAGUUUGUUAGGCGAGGAGAGGGAGUGAUGUCUUCCAGACUCCGUGCAGUGCUCGCUACCCCGGGACCCACACCCUUUAAGCAGCAGAGAAGCACGAGGAUCACGGAAGCUAAGAAUAGCAGAACCCAAUGCUCCAUAAAGGAUAAUAGUUUCCAGUACACUAUCCCUCAUGAUGACUCCUUAAGCAGUUCAUCAUCUGCUUCUGAACCAGGGAGUGAUUUUCUAGCAUCCUUCCGAAAAUCUACCUACUGGGUGAAGAUGAGAAGGAUCAGGUCAGCUGCUGCUUCCCAUGUAGAAGGGUCAGAUGGAAUAUCAACCAAAGGAAAAAGGAAACCCAGGCAGGAAGAAGAUGAAGACUAUAGAGAAUUUCCACAGAAGAAGCAUAAGCUUUAUGGGAGGAAGCAGCAGCCUAAAGCUCAGCCUAAUCCCAAAGCCCAGACUCACCGUAUUUGGAAGGAACCACCAGCUUAUGCAGCAGGCAGUUUAGAGGAGCAGUGGUACUUAGAAAUUGUGGAUGAAGGCAGUGUCUCCUGUCCUACCUGCCAGGCAGUAGGGAGAAAGACCAUAGAGGGCUUAAAGAAACACAGAAACUGCAAACAGGAAAUGUUUACCUGUCAUCAUUGUGGGAAAUAGCUUCUUUCACUAGCAGAGAUGAAGUAUCAUGUCAUGGCAAAUCAUAAUAGCUUCCCCAUUAAGGCUGGAGAUGAAAUAGAUGAGCCAAGUGAGAGGGAACGUCUCUGAACAGUUCUCAAGAAACUGGGAAAGCUGAGAUGCAUGCAUGAGAGUUGCUCUAGUAGCUUCACCAGCAUCGUGGGAUAUCUGUACCAUGUGAGAAAAUGUGGCAAAGGGGCUGCUGAGCUGGAGAAGAUGACCCUGAAAUGUCACCACUGUGGAAAGCUGUAUAGAUUGAAGACUGGACUCGUAUAUCACUUGUAUAUAGAGCAUAGUCCUAUAUUCUUCUUUCCAGAGUCAGGACAGCCAGAGUGCUUGAAGGACAUGAGCUUGGAGUCAAAGAGUGGAGACCGAGUUCAGAGGCAGAUAGCUGUAUACCACCUGCAGGAACUGGCUUCUGAUGAACUGGCCAAGGAAUGGCCUGAGAGAAAGGUGCUUCAGGAUCUGGUACCUGAUGAUUGGAAGUUAAAAUAUACUUGUCCUGGGCUACUGACCUUCAGCCAAGAAGCACUACACAAAUAGAAGUCAGAUAUCAAAAAGUACCAUCGCAUUCAGUGUCCUAACCAGGGUUGUGAGGCUGUCUACAGUAGUGCAUCUGGUCUUAAAGCUCUCCUGGGCUCUUCUUGUACUUUGGGAACGUUUGUGGCUGGAAAAUACAAGUGUCUUCUCUGUCAGAAAAUGGAAAUGGCAACCCACUGCAGUACUCUUGCCUGAAAAAUCCCAUGGACAGAGAAGCCUGGUAGACUACAGUCCAUGGGAUCGCAAGGAGUCAGACACGACUGAGCGACUUCACUUCACUUCACUUCACUUCUCUGUCAGAAAGAAUUUGUGUCAGAGAGUGGUGUCAGGUAUCACGUCAACUCUGUCCACUCUGAGGAUUGGUUUGUUGUCAACCCGACAACAACCGAAAGCUUUGAGAAGCUGGUGAAGAUAAAACAGCAACAGCAAGAAAAAGAGAAGCAGAUGUGGUAGCCCAGGAGCCGAUGGUUUCUAAGGUGGCGGCAGCAGCCCGGCAUUGAGCUUCCUGAGACAGAGCCGAGUCUUAGAGUAGGGAAGGAUCAGAGGAGGAAUCAUGAGGUACUGCUAGUGGCGACACCCUGUAGAGAUGUACAUACUGUAGACAACCAGAGCAGAAGCCAGUGCCAACACAGUGCCAGAAAAUCAAGUCCCCAAAGACGAGUCAUAAAUGAGGAAAGAAAUAGGCAGUCAGUGUGAAAGCACUCCUGGGAGAGUAGAUGGAAGGCUGUCGUCACAGGGACCUGUGUGGAGAGGCCUGAGUCACGGGAGCCGAGUAAAGAGAAGUUUACUAUUUCAGCUGUUUGUGUAAGGCUGUGACACUCUCAGCUCCUUCCUCCUGUGUAAAUUUCACUGUUUCUUCUACUGAUUCUUGUGAACCCUCCACCACCCCCACCCCCAUCUUCUUUUUGGUAGAUUUUCCUGAUAUUCUCACUGGAGUCCCCCUAUUUUCUCUUCUCUUGCCCAAAGAGCUCCCCCUUAAGGUCCACUGUAGGCCCUCUUGCCCUGUACAAGACUAAGAAACUUGUUCGAUUAGCCUUUCCAUACUGGGCUAUAGAAUGUUCUUGGAAGUGAUUCCGUAGUUACUCCAUCAUCUAUCUUAUAAAAUGAUUCCAAACUAACUUUUUUUUUCACUUUUCCAGUUGAGCUUUUUUCCAGAACGGUUUUACAAAGCUGAUUUUAAAUCCAGUACAUCUCCACAUGUGAACAGCUCCAUCCCUCAGCCCACAGACCAAAGAACCUAAGCAACUGCUCAGCUUUGAGUGUGGUGUCAACGAGGCUUUUAGUAGUGUUAGUCACUCAGUCCUGUCCAACUCUUUGCAACCCCAUAGACUGUAGUCUGCCAGGCUCCUCUGUCCAUGGGAUUCUCCAGGCAAGAAUACUGGAGUGGAUUGCCAUUCCCUUCUCCACAAACUAACUUUUCAAAACCAUACCAACUGAUGAUUUUGUAUUUGUGAUAUAACAAGCCUAGAACCUAGAAUUGUUGUCACUCCUUUAAUAAGGUUCCCCUGUCUGCCUGGGUGACAGAAUUUAUGGAGGCUGUUGUCUCAUUAUGGUUUUAGGAUUGAAAGUGAGAAAAUACUUAGAAUAAUAAAGCUAGA